CGAACACUGUUAGUUUACGUCCGGUAUGGCCACAGGUUGUCUGGACUGCGGCGUUGAACGGAUAUGGAUCUUGUGCUGAAUUUUGCUGACUAUUAUGUCUUCAGCCCGUAUGUGUAUCCUUCAUCGUGGCCCGAGGAUGGGGCCCUGCGACAGAUCAUUAGUCUUUUGGUGCUGACCAACAUCGGCGCUUCAAUCCUUUAUCUGGGUCUGGGUUCCUUUAGCUACUUCUUUAUUUAUGACCACAGGCUGAUGAAACACCCUCAGUUUUUACCGAAUCAGGUCCACCGGGAGAUUAAAUAUACGAUGAGCUCUCUGCCGUGGAUCAGCAUACCCACAGUGGCCUUGUUUUUCCUUGAAGUUCGAGGAUACAGCAAACUGUACGACAGUGUCAGUGAAUCUGCUUUGGGUUGGCCUGGGUUCUUUCUGAGCCUCGUUUCUUUCCUGUUUUUUACCGACAUGUGUAUCUACUGGAUUCAUCGUUUCCUACAUCAUAAACGUAUUUACAAGUUGUUUCAUAAACCACACCACAUAUGGAAAAUUCCCACUCCAUUUGCUAGCCAUGCCUUUCAUCCAGUUGAUGGCUUCAUGCAGGGACUUCCAUACCAUAUCUACCCAUUCAUCUUCCCCCUCCACAAAGUGCUCUACUUGGCCCUGUACAUCUUUGUCAACAUAUGGACCAUCUCUAUCCACGAUGGUAGCUACCACGUCCCUGGCCCUCUAGCAAGCCUAAUCAAUGGCUCCGCCCACCACACUGACCACCACUUGUUCUUUGACUACAACUAUGGUCAGUAUUUCACACUGUGGGACCAUCUGGGAGGCUCCUACCGGUACCCCUCAGCCUUGAUGGGGAAAGGUCCAUAUGAUCUAAUCCAGAAACUUGAAGCAGAAGGAAAGUUAACAACUAAUGGGUCCUUGUACAAAGAUGAGUAGUACAAGUACAUCAUUUGUACAAUGUUAAAUCACAACGGAAGAUGCCCUAAGGUGCUGCACAAUGAGUAAGGUCUAACCUUGUCCAAUCCUUGAGCAAACACUGGCAACAUACAUACAUCUUCAAAUGCUUAUCCGGGAUCGGGUCACGGGGACAUUGGCAACAGUGGUCAGGAAAACCUCCCUGAGGUGUCUUUUAAGUAUGGGAAGAAACCUCAAGCAGACCAGACUCACGGGGCUGACCAUCAGCUCUUAAUCAGUGCUUAAAGUCAUUGCAGUUUUAGUCAGCAUUUAAAAUACAGAGCUAUGCACAUAUCAUGAAGAUGCUACUCUUUGGCUGUUUGGCUUGUUUUUGUGGUAAUUGGGUUUUUGUCUUCAUUAAUAUGUCCGUAAGACCAAAUUUUAAAUUUCUAACUUGUAGUUAAAUUGUCUAUUUUAAGAAAGUAGUAUUUUUAUUAACUUUUUCAAAUUAAUAAAAACUAGUUCUACAGUUCAAUGUAGAGAUAAUACGAGCGAAGCUAUG